AGUUCUGUUCGAUAAUUUCGUAAAAAGAAAAUUUUUAGGUUAGUUACGUCACUUGCGUGAUAAUGGCAGCCGAGUUGUGGAUGAUUUUUGUUGUUGUCAGUUGAAAUGGAACAAUUACAGGAUUAACAAUUGUUAUGAGACAUGAGAGUGUAUAAAGCAGGAAUUAAAAGAAAAUGAAGUCUGACAAUUUUAUCUAAAAGGAAUCAACGAUUUAAAGACACUGGAAAUUGACCCACAUUUCGUUAUCAAUUGUGACGUUGACAUUUGACAGGUGGUUACUGACAUCCACCUUUAAUUCUUAUCAAUAAAGAAAAAAGCUGCACUAUGUUCGCUAGUUUAAAGAAUAAAAUACGAGAAGAAAUUGGAAGUGACGUCUCUACAGUUGUCAGAAAUGCAGGAAGUGUUCGUGGAAUUAAUUCCAAACUUUUAUCCCAGACAGGAUCAACCAGUAGUGUUAGUGGAUCUCAAAUAUCUCUAGACGAUUCUCGAGAUGAAAAUCCAAUCUCGUCUUCGCCUCCGAUAUCAUUAAAACGAGAAAAUAGUUUUGAUUUUAAAUUAACCGAUGGCACACAACUAUCUACUAAAGAUAUUAAAAGAUUCGAGAAUAGAGAAGAUGAAUGGCGACGGAGACUUCAGAAAAAGGAAACUGAAUUGCUCAAACGAAUGGAAAAACGAGAUGAAGAGUGGAAAAUAAAGAUACUCGAGAAAGAAAAAGAAUGGAAGAAAAUAGUUGAUAAACAAGAAAAAGAAAAAGCAAAAAUUGAGGAAGACAAAUUAAAAGCAGAAAAUGCAAGGCGUUCAUUGGAAUUGGCAUUAACCGAGGCAGAAGAAUACAAAAAGAAAUUGUACUCUUUUCAAGAAGAUGCAGAACAAUUAGAAGGUUUUCAAACUCAAGAAAUGGCCAAAAUCAAGCAUCUACUUUUAGCCAAAGAACAAGAAGUGGAGGAGAAGUCACAUCAUUUAAAAUCCGCUUUGACUGAAAUGGAUAAUUUAAAAACAGAAGUUUCCCGUCUGCGAAGAUAUGAAGACGAGCUAAAUAAUGUUCAAGAUGAAAUGGAAACAUUGCGACAUUCAACACAAAGAGAGAAAGCACAACUCUCGAGUCAAUUGGCACAAACCGAGGAAGAGGUACGACAUUUGAAGGAUAAAGUUUUCGUUUUAGAGCAACGUGUGGCCUUAGAUUCAAAUGAUCAAUUAACAGUUGAUGAACGAAUAGCUAAUCUCAUGAGGGAGAGGACAUUACUUGAGAGAAAAUUGGAAGAGGCACAUCUUCAUUUGUCUGAUAUUAAAACAAGUUGGUCGGGAAAAAUUUCAAGUCUUGAAACACAAGUUGGUAGACUAAGUAGACAGGCAGGUGAAGAGGGUCUUGAGAGGAGGCGUGUCGAAGAGGAAAAGGAGAAAUUGAAGAAAAAAAUUAAACAACUCGAGGCCGAAAUUGAGGUGAACAAUGUGGUAAUGGCGACGAAAGACGCCAAGCUUUUGCGCAUGGCCGAGGACAUCGACGAGAUGGCCACGGAACUAAAAGAGCUCCGGGCCAACGUCGAUGAUGAGGUCGAAGAAUUUAAACAACAAAUUGAAACAUCGUCAAUGGAAAUAAAGGAACUCAAGUCACAAAAAGAAGAAAUUACGACAAAAUUUGAAUCAGCGAAUUCUGAAUUGUCGCACCUGCGAUUAUCGUUAGAAGGUGAACGGACAAAUAAUUCGUCAUUACAUUUAGAAUUAGCUCGUCUUAGGGAAAAUGUCGAAACUGAGAAGACAUCGUCGGCAACUCUUCGCGUGUGUUUAGAAAAAGAACGAAACGAAAAGGAUUCGGCUUUAUUGAGAAUUGCUCGAAUUUCGCAGGAAAUGCAAUUAGUCCAACAAGACAGUGGACAACAGGAAACGGAAAAUGUCGAACUUCACAGUAAACUUGAGAAAUUGGAAAAAAUUUUGAAAACCAAAGAAAAAGAUAUUGAGGAAUCUUUGAAAAAACAUGAAGAAACUUAUAUGAGAAUUCAAGAAUUAGAGAAUGCUGAACAAUCCAGGGAAAGAUUAGAAGGAAACGAAAAAGUUCUUAAAACUAGUCUUUCAGAUAUGGAGGAACAAUUGCAAGAAAAAACCAAGACAAUCAAGGUUUUGCAACAACGAUUGGCUGAUAUGAAAAAAACUCUUCAACGAGAAUUAAGGGUGCCAUCAUCAUCAUUAGACAGUGAUGCUGAAUCUUCCGUGGCAGUAUUGAGUCCUAGUUCAUCUAAAACAGUCACUGCUAAACAAAGUAAUUCCAGAGAAGACGAUGUCAACUUUAAAUAUUUGAAACACGUCCUUAUCAAAUUUCUAACCAGCAGAGAAUAUGAAGCUCUCCAUUUAACAAGGGCGGUAGCGACACUUCUUCAUUUUUCGCCAGAGGAAGAAAGAUUAUUGCAAGAAACUUUAGAAUGGAAAAUGUCUUGGUUUGGUACAAGGCCAAAUUUGGGUUUUGGACAAACAGCAAAAGCCAUUCCACCAAGUUGAUAAGUAAUCAACUUUUUAGAUAGUGAAAAUUUUCAAAAUAAUUUGAUAAGUAAUUGAUGAAAAUGAGUCUUACAAAUACCAAAGCAAAUUUACAUACAAUUAGAAUUUCCCAAGAACAGAAAAAAUUUUCUCUAUAAUAAUAGAAAUUUUGAAUUUUAGCUUUUUUAAAAAACAAUACCAUAACUAGAAUUUUUCAUACAUGCUUUAUAAAGGCUCGUCGAAUCUUAUUUACGACAAUUUAAAUAACGAACAAUAAAUUUUCUAAAUAUUUCAAAUGUGACCCAAUUUUUCCAUAAUUUUUAUCGGUAUAAAAGCACAAAAGCACGAAAAGUGCUAUUUGUUGUUGUAUAUCUAUUUUCAAUGUAAUAUUUAAGACUUAUUAAAAAGUAAUUGAAGGGAACUGACACUUAAUAUAUUUAUAAAAUACAUGGAGAUAAUGUAAAAAAAAAUAACUAGCGAUUUAUUGUAGUGCAAUUUUUUUAAAAUGUUUCUUGUAAAAGGAUUUUUUAAUUUUUUCGAACAAAAAAAAAAAAAAAAAACAAGUGAUUUUAGUUUGUUAUAUACAAGUAGAUGGAAGUGUGUGGUAUUGUUUUAUAUUGCAGUCUGUGUAGAAUUGAAUUUAGACUCAUUAAUAUUUAAGAAUAUCGCAAAUCUCAAAAAAAAGAAAAAAACAAAUAAGUAUUAAGUCGCGCUAGUACAAUUAGGUUACAGAAAUUAAUUAGUGCAUUAUGGUAUCAGAAAUGUUCUGCCAUUUAUAUAUCAAUUUAGUAGAAAACUGAUAGAGGAUGACAGUGAAUUGAAUAAUGAGACACGUUGAUCGUGCCUCUUUUUGAAAAAGGUAUAAAAAAUUGUGCCUAAUCAAAUCGUCAUGCUACAUAAUAAUUAAAAUUAAUCAAUUCUUAAAUUGUAUAUUAUCGAUUAUUAAAAAUAUCCUUAACUUAUAAUAA